AUGCCAACAUCGCCUGGCGACCCCCGAGACUGGGAAGACUUCACCUGGACCCACGAAGAAGAGCCCACGGCCGCAGGCAACACUUCUUCAAGCAACUCAUCUGUUUCUUCCUUGUCCGAUGGCUUCUCUGGUCAGAGAGAGGACCCUUACGAUCUACUCUCGAUGGCUCCACUCAUCGCAGAGAACUUGAGACUCCGUGAUAAACUCGAAGCCGUCCAGAGAGCCAGUGGCAAGAUCUCGCACCACGAGUGGCUGCUUCGCCAUCCUAAUAUGCCUCGUCGUCCACAAUAUGGCCUCAUAAGAAUGAUCGUUAUGCGUGUUUGGGGCUGGCUGGAAAGAGCUACGCAGAAAGUCAUCGACACCUACAGAUGGCUGAGAGGUUGA